AGUUGUAAUCAAUUGAAGACCAUUCAACACCUCUAUUCAUCACAGUUGUUCUGUUUGUGUCUCAUAAAAUGUUACGUUGUAAUCAGUAAGGAUAAUAAGGACCUUUAGUUAUAGUUACUUUCCAAAAGUUGCUUGUUUGAAAAUGUUCAUAAGUGAAUCAAUUUUGGUAGAUACUUUGCUAGGAAUAGCAACCUUGCUUGGAUUGUUAUAUUUUUACUUGACAUCAACCUUUAACUAUUGGAAGAAAAAAGGUGUUCCUUAUGUCAAGCCAACAAUCAUCUUCGGAAACCUAAAAGAACAGUUUUUCCUUCAAAGACACUUGUUUUACGUUAUUCAAGAUAUAUAUAACAAUUUUAAUGGAGCAAGAUUUGGUGGUUACUUUGAAUCAAGAACACCUGUAUUAAUGAUCUGUGACCCAGCUUUAGUAGAAAGAAUUCUUAUUAAAGAUUUUUUAUACUUCCAAAACAGAGAUUUUGCAGUUGACGUAAAACAAGAUCCACUCUCUGAAACUCUUUUUGGUUUGAAAGGGCGCACUUGGAGGAAUCUAAGAAAUAAAUUAACACCAACUUUCACGACUGGGAAACUGAGGGGCAUGGUUGAGCAAAUAUGCAACAGUGGAGAUGAUCUCAUGAAUGAAAUAGAGAAAUCCACAGAACAAAAAAAACCUGUUGAUGCCAAAAAGUUGGGUAUUGGCUUCACCAUUGACGUUAUUGCCAGUUGUGCAUUUGGCUUACAGUUCAAGCUUGACCACACCUGAAGGAAAACAGUUUCGUAAAAUGAUGGAUUCCAUUUCUAACCCUUCAACAUUACAAACAUUUAGAUUAAUAUUUGUAUUCUUUUUCAAACGU